AUGCGCAGAUUGAAUCUUUUAAAAAAUGUGUAUUUUGUCCAUAUUAGUUAUCGGUUAUCUGUAGGAUUUACACACUUUCAAAAGAUGACCAACGUCAAACCAGUUGUUAUAAGUGGACCAUCAGGUGUUGGAAAGAGUACCUUGCUUGAACAACUUAUGAAAGAAUUCCCUAAUUCUUUUGCUUUCAGUGUUUCACACACUACAAGAAAACCUCGGAAAGGAGAAGAAAAUGGAAAACAUUAUCAUUUUGUAUCUCAUGAAGCCUUUCAAGAUCUAGUUAGUAAAAAUGGAUUUUUGGAAUAUACUGAAUUUUCAGGCAAUUGCUAUGGAACCAGUAAACGUGCAGUUGAAUCAAUUCAAGAAACUGGCCGUAUAUGUAUUUUGGAUGUUGAAAUUAAUGGGGUAAAGAGCAUUAAAAAGUCCAAUUUAAAUGCCAGAUAUAUAUUUGUGAGACCACCAUCCCUUGAUGAACUGGCAAAAAGAUUACAUGCAAGGGGAACUGAAAGUGAAGAAUCACUGAAGAAACGUUUAGAUACAGCAGAUGAAGCUAUUUCUUAUUCUGAAAAGCCAGGUGUUUAUGAUCACAUCAUUAUAAAUGAUAAUUUAACCGAAGCUUACAAUAAAUUAAAGGAUAUUUUGAUGGAGGAUAUCAAGAAGUUGCACUAA